CUGGAUGAGGAUAUACGUGGGUUCGUGUUAUAUUUUCCGCGACUAAUUUUUUUCGUCUUUCAUUGGCUAGAAUGGUGGCGGUCAAUUGGAGUUUGAAUUGUCCUUGGGUGCGUGCUGUCGGGUGCUGUAUUUGCGUGGUUGUGUUUGCGUCGUUUGCCAGCAUAUGUGAUUACUGUAAACGUGUAUUAGACUCUUGUAACGCUUUGUUUUUCUUUGUUUGUGCAUGUACUAGGCUUUAUUUGUCGCACAAUUCGUUGUUUGGCCUAUUGGUUGCUUGCGAUGUCAACGAACCGUCCGUUGCAGGUAGUCAAUUCGAGUGACAGGAGCACAGAUUUAAGUGGAAUUUUUGCUGAAUACAUACUUGGAAAGCGUUUCUUCAGCUGGGAUGAAUUUGAGAAGUCAUUAGCAGAUUUUCAAAAAUUAUCCUACACUCACUAUGUUCAUAAUUGCAGCAAAACGAUAUCGGAUGACAGGUUUAAGUACGCUUAUGUUGGUUUUAAAUGCACUUUUGGAGUGAAUAGUACAAGAACUGGAUUGAAAUUGAAAAACAAGUCGUCUAAAUGUUGCAAUUGCUCGUCUUCAUUUCGCGUGGUUUUGCAUCAUAGUGAAUACAUAAUUGCUUCCCACAAUAUGGUGCAUAACCAUCCAUGCAGCAGGGUGUACAUGCAGAAUGACCCAUGGUAUAGACGACUAACAGUUGAAGAGAAAGAAAAUAUUGAACCACUUCUUCAGCAAUCCCACUCAUCCGAUGAAAUAAUGCAUGUUAAGGAGAAGCCGUAUUUCACAGUUAACCAUGUGAUGCAUAAUUGUAAACAAUGGACGUGGUCACGCAACUUGUUCGCAUCUCAAAGUACGUCAGCAGUUAUCCCUCGAAAUCGAAGUGACAUAUACGAUACCAAAAAGAGGAUUAUCAUUGCGGGUAUGGACAGAAUUAAUGACAAAUUUGGAGAAGUGUUUGCCAAUACUUAUGCAGACGGAGUAAUCGCAGGAAUCAAUCGUGUUCUUAAUAUGUAAAUAAACUAAAUUUGUAUCAUAAUGAAAAUAAAAUUUUCAUGUAAA